AUGUCAAUCUUACAUACGAUAUCUCGAUUAGUUUUGUCUUCUCUCUCUUAUUUUCUCUGUCUUAUUCUUUCUUUUUCUCCUAGCCCCUCUCUAUAUAUACCUUGUCUUCUCCUACUUACUUUCUGGCCUUUAAUCUUUUUCUCCUAUUUUCACAUUCUCACCCUUUUCUUUUUCUCUCGUCUCAUCGCUCUAUCGCUGCCAUUUUUUUUCUUGCUCUCUUUCCAUCUCACCUAUUCUACUCCCACUCGCAUUCAGCGUCUCUCUCAAUUCUCUCUUUUCCUCACUUUGACGCUCAAAGUUUUUAUUCUCUUAUUCCUUAUUGGACUCUCUCCCUAUUCGAACCUCUAUCAAUUUCAGUGGCACCAUGUUCUCUUUUUCUCUGUUCAAACUUCCGUUUAUCUCUAUCUCUCUUUUCCGAAUUCACUCUCAUCUAUUCUCCCCCACUAUCGCCUUCAAUAUCUUUCUUCUGUUGUAUAUCUCCUCUCUAUAUUUUCCAUUUAUCUCUUCUUUCUCUAUCUCUCUUUCCCCAAUUUCUCACCUCUCCCCUUUCAUUCUCCCUCUUUCAAUCUUUCUAUAUCUCCCUCUUUCAAUUCUUUCUUCUUUUCUAUAUCUCCUUCUCCCUCUUUCACCUUUCCCCCUUUUCCAUUUAUCUCCUCUCCUUUUUCCCCAUUUCCAUUUAUCUCUUCUUUUCUCUAUCUCUCUUUCCCGAUUUCACUCUCACCUAUUCUCCCUCUUUCAAUCUUUCUCCCUCUUUCAAUAUCUUUCUUCUGUUGUAUAUCUCUCUCCUCUCACCUUUCCCCAUUUUCCAUUUAUCUCUUCUUUCUCUAUCUCUCUUUCCCGAUUUCCUCUCACCUAUUCUCCCUCUUUCAAUCUUUCUCCCUCUUUCAAUAUCUUUCUUCUGUUGUAUAUCUCCUCUCCUCUCACCUUUCCCCCAUUUUCCAUUUAUCUCUUCUUUCUCUAUCUCUCUUUCCCCGAUUUCACUCUCACCUAUUCUCCCUCUUUCAAUCUUUCUCCCUCUUUCAAUAUCUUUCUUCUGUUGUAUAUCUCCUCUCUCCUCUCACCUUUCCCCAUUUUCCAUUUUUCUCUUCUUUUUUCUCUAUCUCUCUUUCCCGAUUUCACUCACCUAUUCUCCCUCUUUCAAUCUUUCUCCCCUCUUUCAAUAUCUUUCUUCUGUUGUAUAUCUCCUCUCCUCUCACCUUUCCCCAUUUUCCAUUUAUCUCUUCUUUCUCUAUCUCUCUUUCCCGAUUUCACUCUCACCUAUUCUCCCUCUUUCAAUCUUUUUCUCCCUCUUUCAAUAUCUUUCUUCUGUUGUGUAUAUCUCUCCUCUCACCUUUCCCCAUUUUCCAUUUAUCUCUUCUUUCUCUAUCUCUCUUUCCCGAUUUCACUCUCACCUAUUCUCCCUCUUUCAAUCUUUCUCCCUCUUUCAAUAUCUUUCUUCUGUUGUAUAUCUCCUCUCCUCUCACCUUUCCCCAUUUUCCAUUUAUCUCUUCUUUCUCUAUCUCUCUUUCCCGAUUUCACUCUCACCUAUUCUCCCUCUUUCAAUCUUUCUCCCUCUUUCAAUAUCUUUUCUGUUGUAUAUCUCCUCUCCUCUCCUUUCCCCAUUUUCCAUUUAUCUCUUCUUUCUCUCUCUCUCUUUCCCCAUUUUCCAUUUAUCUCUUCUUUCUCUAUCUCUUCUUUUCCUCAUUCCUCUCACCUUUCCCCAUUUCUCCCUUUUCUCUUUCUUUCUUUCUCCCUCUUUCAAUAUCUUUCUUCUGUUUUAAUAUCUUUCUUCUGUUGUCCUCUCCUCACCUUUCCCCAUUUUCCAUUUAUCUCUUCUUUCUCUAUCUCUCUUUCCCCAUUUCACUCUCACCUAUUCUCCCUCUUUCAAUCUUUCUCCCCCUCUUUCAAUAUCUUUCUUCUGUUGUAUAUCUCCUCUCCUCUCACCUUUCCCCAUUUUCCAUUUAUCUCUUCUUUCUCUAUCUCUCUUUCCUGAUUUCUCUCACCUAUUCUCCCUCUUUCAAUCUUUCUCCCCUCUUUCAAUAUCUUUCUUCUGUUGUAUAUCUCCUCUCCUCUCACCUUUCCCCAUUUUCCAUUUAUCUCUUCUUUCUCUAUCUCUCUUUCCCGAUUUCCUCUCACCUAUUCUCCCUCUUUCAAUCUUUCUCCCUCUUUCAAUAUCUUUCUUCUGUUGUAUAUCUCCUCUCCUCUCACCUUUCCCCAUUUUCCAUUUAUCUCUUCUUUCUCUAUCUCUCUUUCCCGAUUUCACUCUCACCUAUUCUCCCUCUUUCAAUCUUUCUCCCUCUUUCAAUAUCUUUCUUCUGUUGUAUAUCUCCUCUCCUCUCACCUUUCCCCAUUUUCCAUUUAUCUCUUCUUUCUCUAUCUCUCUUUCCCAAUUCACUCUCCUAUUCUCCCUCUUUCAAUCUUUCUCCCUCUUUCAAUAUCUUUCUUCUGUUGUAUAUCUCCUCUCCUCUCACCUUUCCCCCAUUUUCCAUUUAUCUCUUCUUUCUCUCUCUCACCUAUUCUCCCUUCUCUUUCUCUCUUUCCCUGUUGUAUUUCACUCUCACCUUUCCCCCAUUCUCCCUCUUCUUUCCUGAUUUCAAUCUUUCUCCUCUUUCAAUAUCUUUCUUCUGUUGUAUAUCUCCUCUCCUCUCACCUUUCCCCAUUUUCCAUUUAUCUCUUCUUUCUCUAUCUCUCUUUCCCCGAUUUCCUCUCACCUAUUCUCCCUCUUUCAAUCUUUCCCCUCUUUCAAUAUCUUUCUUCUGUUGUAUAUCUCUCUCCUCUCACCUUUCCCCAUUUUCCAUUUAUCUCUUCUUUCUCUAUCUCUCUUUUCCCGAUUUCACUCUCACCUAUUCUCCCUCUUUUCAAUCUUUCUCCCUCUUUCAAUAUCUUUCUUCUGUUUAUAUAUCUCCUCUCCUCUCACCUUUUCCCCAUUUUCCAUUUAUCUCUUCUUUCUCUAUCUCUCUUUCCCGAUUUCCUCUCACCUAUUCUCCCUCUUUCAAUCUUUCUCCCUCUUUCAAUAUCUUUCUUCUGUUGUAUAUCUCUCUCCUCUCACCUUUCCCCAUUUUCCAUUUAUCUCUUCUUUCUCUAUCUCUCUUUUUUCCCGAUUUCACUCUCACCCUAUUCUCCCUCUUUCAAUCUUUCUCCCUCUUUCAAUAUCUUUCUUCUGUUGUAUAUCUCCUCUCCUCUCACCUUUCCCCCAUUUUCCAUUUAUCUCUUCUUUCUCUAUCUCUCUUUCCCGAUUUCACUCUCACCUAUUCUCCCUCUUUCAAUCUUUCUCCCUCUUUCAAUAUCUUUCUUCUGUUGUAUAUCUCCUCUCCUCUCACCUUUCCCCAUUUUCCAUUUAUCUCUUCUUUCUCUAUCUCUUUCCCGAUUUCACUCUCACCUAUUCUCCCUCUUUUCAAUCUUUCCCCUCUUUCAAUAUCUUUCUUCUGUUGUAUAUCUCCUCUCCUCUCACCUUUCCCCAUUUUCCAUUUAUCUCUUUUCUCUAUCUCUCUUUCCCUGAUUUCACUCUCACCUAUUCUCCCUCUUUCAAUCUUUCUCCCCUCUUUCAAUAUCUUUCUUCUGUUGUAUAUCUCCUCUCCUCUCACCUUUCCCCAUUUUCCAUUUAUCUCUUCUUUCUCUAUCUCUCUUUCCCGAUUUCACUCUCACCUAUUCUCCCUCUUUCAAUCUUUCUCCCUCUUUCAAUAUCUUUCUUCUGUUGUAUAUCUCCUCUCCUCUCACCUUUCCCCCAUUUUCCAUUUAUCUCUUCUUUCUCUAUCUCUCUUUUCCCGAUUUCACUCUCUCACCUAUUCUCCCUCUUUCAAUCUUUCUCCCUCUUUCAAUAUCUUUCUUCUGUUGUAUAUCUCCUCUCCUCUCACCUUUCCCCAUUUUCCAUUUUUCUCUUCUUUCUCUAUCUCUCUUUCCCGAUUUCUCUCCACCUAUUCUCCCCUCUUUCAAUCUUUCUCCCUCUUUUCAAUAUCUUUCUUCUGUUGUAUAUCUCCUCUCCUCUCACCUUUCCCCAUUUUUCCAUUUAUCUCUUCUUUCUCUAUCUCUCUUUCCCCGAUUUCACUCUCACCUAUUCUCCCUCUUUCAAUCUUUCUCCCUCUUUCAAUAUCUUUCUUCUGUUGUAUAUCUCCUCUCCUCUCACCUUUCCCCCAUUUUCCAUUUAUCUCUUCUUUCUCUAUCUCUCUUUCCCCGAUUUCCUCUCACCUAUUCUCCCCUCUUUCAAUCUUUCUCCCUCUUUCAAUAUCUUUCUUCUGUUGUAUAUCUCCUCUCCUCUCACCUUUCCCCAUUUUCCAUUUAUCUCUUCUUUCUCUAUCUCUCUUUCCCGAUUCACUCUCACCUAUUCUCCCCUCUUUCAAUCUUUCUCCCUCUUUCAAUAUCUUUCUUCUGUUGUAUAUCUCCUCUCCUCUCACCUUUCCCCAUUUUCCAUUUAUCUCUUCUUUCUCUAUCUCUCUUUCCCGAUUUCCUCUCACCUAUUCUCCCUCUUUCAAUCUUUCUCCCUCUUUCAAUAUCUUUCUUCUGUUGUAUAUCUCCUCUCUCUCACCUUUCCCCAUUUUCCAUUUAUCUCUUCUUUCUCUAUCUCUCUUUCCCGAUUUCACUCACCCUAUUCUCCCUCUUUCAAUCUUUCUCCCUCUUUCAAUAUCUUUCUUCUGUUGUAUAUCUCCUCUCCUCUCACCUUUCCCCAUUUUCCAUUUAUCUCUUCUUUCUCUAUCUCUCUCUUUCCCAAUUUCCUCUCACCUAUUCUCCCUCUUUCAAUCUUUCUCCCUCUUUCAAUAUCUUUCUUCUGUUGUAUAUCUCCUCUCCUCUCACCUUUCCCCCCAUUUUCCAUUUAUCUCUUCUUUUCUCUAUCUCUCUUUCCCGAUUUUUCUCCUCUCACCUAUUCUCCCUUUUCAAUCUUUCUCCCUCUUUCAAUAUCUUUCUUCUGUUGUAUAUCUCCUCUCUCUCACCUUUCCCCAUUUUCCAUUUAUCUCUUCUUUCUCUAUCUCUCUUUCCCCUCUUUCCUCUCACCUAUUCUCCCUCUUUCAAUCUUUCUCCCUCUUUCAAUAUCUUUCUUCUGUUGUAUAUCUCCUCUCUCUCUCCACCUUUCCCCAUUUUCCAUUUAUCUCUUCUUUCUCUCUCUCUCUUUCCCUGAUUUCCUCACCUAUUCUCCCUCUUUCAAUCUUUCUCCCUCUUUCAAUAUCUUUCUUCUGUUGUAUAUCUCCUCUCUCUCCUCUUUUUCCCAUUUUUCCAUUUAUCUCUUCUUUCUCUAUCUCUCUUUCCCAAUUCCUCUCUUCUAUUCUCCCUCUUUCAAUCUUUCUCCCCUUUUCAAUAUCUUUCUUCUGUUGUAUAUCUCCUCUCCUCUCACCUUUCCCCAUUUUCCAUUUAUCUCUUCUUUCUCUAUCUCUCUUUUCCCCGUUUCACUCUCACCUAUUCUCCCUCUUUUUCAAUCUUUCUCCCUCUUUCAAUAUCUUUCUUCUGUUGUAUAUCUCCUCUCCUCUCACCUUUCCCCAUUUUCCAUUUAUCUCUUCUUUCUCUAUCUCUCUCUUUCCCGAUUUCACUCUCACCUAUUCUCCCUCUUUCAAUCUUUCUCCCUCUUUCAAUAUCUUUCUUCUGUUGUAUAUCUCCUCUCCUCUCACCUUUCCCCAUUUUUCCCCCAUUUUCCAUUUAUCUCUUCUUUCUCUAUCUCUCUUUCCCGAUUUCACUCUCACCUAUUCUCCCUCUUUCAAUCUUUCUCCUCUUUUUCAAUAUCUUUCUUCUGUUGUAUAUCUCCUCUCCUCUCACCUUUCCCCAUUUUCCAUUUAUCUCUUCUUUCUCUAUCUCUCUUUUUCCCGAUUUCACUCUCACCUAUUCUCCCUCUUUCAAUCUUUUCUCCCUCUUUCAAUAUCUUUCUUCUGUUGUAUAUCUCCUCUCCUCUCACCUUUCCCCAUUUUCCAUUUAUCUCUUCUUUCUCUAUCUCUCUUUCCCGAUUUCACUCUCACCUAUUCUCCCUCUUUCAAUCUUUCUCCCUCUUUCAAUUCUUUUUCUUCUGUUGUAUAUCUCCCUCUCCUCUCACCUUUCCCCAUUUUCCAUUUAUCUCUUCUUUUCUCUAUCUCUCUUUCCUGA